UUGCAGCGUAAGACCCACAUUUUGUAAUUUACACAAAAUAUUUUUAUAACGCCAUACGGAAGUUGUCGGGUGUAAAAGAAAAUCAUGCCUGCAGAUAUUAUAGGAUUUGGGUAUGCUGCCAUAGUUGCUGCUGGUGGAAUAAUGGGCUAUGUUAAAUCAGCAAGUUUGCCAUCCUUAGCAGCUGGCCUGACUUUUGGCUCAUUGGCAGCAUUGGGAGCAUAUCAGACAACACAGAACUCUAAUGAUGUUAAAUUAUCUCUUGGAACAAGUGCAACAUUAAUGUGUAUGAUGGGAUACAGGUUUUAUAACUCUGGGAAAUUCAUGCCAGCCGGUCUUGUUGCAACACUCAGUCUUCUCAUGGUGCUAAAGAGUGGAUACCAACUGUCAAAACAAUAAAAGUGCUGCUUCAGAUAUUGCCAUCAAUUAAACACUUUUUACAUUUAUUGUCAUCAGCAAUCAUGUGUUAUCAAUAUCUCACAAGUCAUUUUGCUUUGUAUCCAUUUAGAUUAAUAUAUUGUAAUCAUAAAAGUGAAAAAUGAAAGUUAUAUAUGAAUGAUAUUUGUAAUAAAGCUUGCUUCACAUUAUUUUGGAAGGAAUGCAUUUCAAUAAAAAUUAAA